AUGGAUGCGCCCACGACGUCGUCGUCUACGUCCUCGCCCUUCCCGGGCACGAGCUUCGUCAUCCUCUCCGUCUCCAUCGUCGGCAUCCUCGCCACCUCGCUCCUGCUCCUAGCCUACUACCUCUUCCUCACCCGCUGCGGCCUCCUCUUCUUCUGGCGCCCGGGCGGCACGCACGACGACGACGACGUCUUAGCCGGCCCCUACCACCGCCACCGCCGCGUCGUCGUCACCGUGCACGAGCCCGGGCCGCCGCGCCGGAGCGGCCUGGAGGAGGCGGCCAUCCGCCGGAUCCCCACGUUCCGGUACCGCCACGGCCACCUCGUGCUGGCGGUGGCGGAGGCCAAGCAAGCCGGCGCCGAGUGCGCCGUGUGCCUCGCCGACUUCCGCGACGGCGAGAGGCUCCGCGUGCUGCCGCCCUGCCUCCACGCCUUCCACAUCGACUGCAUCGACGCCUGGCUCCAGUCCGCCGCCAGCUGCCCGCUCUGCAGAGCCGCCGUCUCCGACCCCGCCGCCCUGAGCUACUGCCACCACCUCGACAUCCCGGUCCCAGUCCCGGUCCCGCGCGCCACCACCGACGACAUUGCCAUAGAUGUUAUCAGUACUACCAUCUCCCCAUCAGCCGUCGCCGACGAACCAGCGGCUGUGCCUGCUGAUGAGACCGCGCACCGGAACAGUAGCUGCCGCAGCUGCAGCAUGGGAGGAGGAGCAGGAGGAGGAGACGGCUGCUUCUUGCCCAUGCGCCGGUCGCUGUCCAUGGACUCCAGCACCGACAAGCGCUUCUACCUCGCGCUGCAGAGCAUCCUGCGGCAGAGUUCCGGUGGCUCCCCGGCUGUCAAAGAAGACGAGGAAGGCAAAGCGGAGAGCAGCAAUGCCGCCGCCGACACUGGCCCACCAUCGUCGAGGAGGCUGCGCCGGUCCUUCUUCUCGUUCAGCCAGAGCAGGGGAUCCCGAAGUGCCGUCCUGCCGCUUUGA